AUGGUAUUAUCAGAUGGUACACAAAGCAAAAAAGGAAAAGGCAGGGGUAUAAAUAUAAGAGAAGAGAAACAACUAACAAUUCAGGUAUACCAUAUAUCAGAUAAAAGACAGCAAAUUGCAUCAAAUCCUACUAUAAAUAUUAAAGAAAAAAUCUACACCAUGACGCUAAUUCCAGAAUUACAAGUAAUGAAUAUUAAAUUACAUGAUAGAAGUGAUGAAAUUUGA